UGCAGGGAUUUUGGUGACGACAAUCCGUCCGCCCUUUCCCCCGCCCGGAUCCCUCCGCUCCUCCUUCACUCUACUCAGAUACACUAUCAGGCUAGAGUCCAACGCAACGCAUUGACAGCUGCUACUGACUCACAAUCGACGAGGGAAAGAUGGAGCGCAGAGACGUCGAGUUCAGCAUAAUGCUAGGAACAGACUCAUACAAGGUAACACAUUACAAACAGUACCCCCCCAACACAAGUAAAGUGUACUCCUACUUCGAGUGCCGUGAGAAGAGGACAGAGCCCACCAAAAGCAGAAAAGUCAAAUAUGACCAAACGGUCUUCUAUGGCCUACAGUACAUCCUCCACAAAUACCUAGAAGGAAAGGUUGUGACUCCAGAGAAGAUUCAGGAAGCAAAGGAGGUAUACAGAGAGCACUUCCAGGAUGAUGUUUUCAACGAGAAGGGGUGGACUUACAUUUUGGAGAAACACAAUGGACACCUGCCCAUUGAAAUCAAGGCAGUGCCAGAAGGGAGUGUCAUUCCUCGUGGCAAUGUUUUGUUCACAGUGGAGAGCACAGACCCUGAGUGCUACUGGCUUACCAACUGGGUGGAGACCAUCCUGGUCCAGAUCUGGUAUCCCAUCACUGUGGCGACAAACUCCAGAGAGCAGAAGAAGAUCCUCGCCAAGUACCUCCUAGAGACUUCUGGGAAUUUGGACAGACUAGACUAUAAACUACAUGACUUUGGCUACAGGGGUGUCUCAUCACAAGAGACUGCGGGCAUCGGGGCCUCCGCCCAUCUGGUCAACUUCAAGGGCACAGACACAGUUGCCGGCAUUGGCGUCAUUAAGAAGUACUAUGGCACCAAGGACCCUGUCCCAGGUUUCUCAGUGCCUGCUGCAGAGCACAGUACCAUCACAGCAUGGGGAAAGGACCAUGAAAAAGAUGCUUUUGAGCACAUCAUCAAGCAGUUUCCCAAUGUCCCUGUAUCCAUAGUGAGUGACAGCUAUGACAUCUACAACGCCUGCGAGAAGAUCUGGGGAGAAGACCUACGGGGGUUGAUAGAGAAGCGCAGUGCAGAUGCUCCACUGGUUGUUCGACCAGACUCAGGAAACCCACUCGAUACAGUGUUGAAGGUUUUGGAUAUCCUGGGUAAGAAGUUUCCUCCAGAGGAGAACUCUAAAGGUUUUAAGGUUCUCCCUCCUUACAUCAGAAUCAUACAAGGAGACGGAGUCGAUAUCAACACACUGCAAGAGAUAGUGGAGGGUAUGAAGGAACACAGGUGGUCUAUUGAGAACAUUACCUUCGGAUCUGGAGGGGCGCUGCUGCAGAAGCUGACCAGAGAUCUGCUCAACUGCUCCUUCAAAUGCAGCUAUGUGGUUACUAAUGGAUUAGGGGUGAAUGUGUUCAAAGACCCAGUGGCUGACCCCAACAAGAGGUCAAAGAAAGGUCGUUUGUCUCUGCACCGGACGCAGAGUGGAGACUUUGUCACCCUGGAGGAGGGCAAGGGAGACCUGGAGGAGUAUGGCGUGGACCUGUUGCACACAGUCUUUCAGAAUGGGAAGAUUGUGAAGACGUACACAUUUGACGAAGUCAGAGACAAUGCUAAGCUCAAAAAGAACGAGCUGGACGAGCUGCUGCACUAAGCACAGCCCCACUAAACCCCCGUCAACUACCAAAACCCAGUAACAAACCCCCACCCUCCCCCACCCCCUUCAGCCCUUCACCUUUUAGCCUCCAAUGUCACCCCAGAAAAUGGAGGUAGCGUGCACUGCUAAUCGACCCCAAUCCCAAAGUCUGAAGACACCUGAAAACAAAUAGAAAAUCCCAAUACUCCCUUAAAAUUGACAGAACUUAGCCUCAGUUCCAAAACACUGUUUGUUGGUUUUCCAGCAGAGAGAGGGAAGAUAGGAAACCCACACCCCUUGCUCAAUGUCGAACACCCCAUUAGUAUGAGGGGUAAGAAAAUGUGUAAAAGGUACAGUGAGUGACAGGAAUAACAGAUGUCAUGCAGAGGGCGAGAAGUUGCAGUUAUGCUGAUAAACCAUUCAGUCACAUCCCCAUGCUGCUGCCCCAGAUUAAACUUCUGCAUAUUACACUGCUAGGCUGGGCAUCUUGCAGCGUAAAGAAUGUGACCAGCUGCUGAUAAGCAGUGUGUCUGAAGACUUUUCCAUGCCAACAGAAAAGCAUUUGGGGUGAGCCAUGGUGGGUCAGAGUGAGUGAACAUGACAGAAAGUGAAAGCUACACAAAUGGCAGUGCCCCGUUUAUUGUGUACAGAACUUAGAAAAUAUACAUGUCUGAACCUACCUAGCUUUGUCUUAUAUGUGAAGGAAGAAUAUGAUGAUCAUUGUAUACUGUGCACUGAUAACAUUGAGCAACAACAACAAAUGUUUUUCUUUGGCUUGUUAACAGGAAAGAUCACAAACAUUGUAAAUAUGGGUGAUGAAGGAAUUCAGUUUUCUUCCAUUUAUUGCUUUUAAUCAGUAGUUACGGCCCAACAUUAUAAAAGGCCUACACCUGUCAAGUACUAGCUGAAUACUUUGUGCUCUUUCUCUGUCAAAAUAAAUGUUAUUAGUGCAUCUCUAUAGGUAUAUAAAUGAUCAUCUUCUUGCCAUCACCACUGCGCAUUCACACCUUGAAGGCUCAAUCCACAAUCCGUAAUUUCAGAUUUGUUUCCAUAUUUCAGUUCAGUUAUUCCAUAAUUUGUGAUAAUGUUUUUUUCAUCAAUAGGUAAAUUUUUGUCUGAGUCCUGCAGAAGCCCCAAAUCUUUAUAAGUCUACAUUGAUGAGACUAGACUUUGCUCAUGGACUAGAAAUGGUGAAAGGUUUUGGGUUGGGUCUUCACCGAUGGUGAAUGCUCUUGAAACCAGUCUUUGCUGUACAAGACUAAGAUUUGCUAAUAAAAUAGUCAGUUAUUGUCUUCA